AUGGAAGAUCGGGUGAAGCUGAUGAAGGCCCUGCUGUCCAGGCACCGGUGGCCCCAGGCGCGUCGCUGGAGGAACCCGAUUCCCUUUCCCGAGACGUUUGAUGGCGACACAGACCG